AUGAAGUGCUUCGAGUGGCUGGUCAUGACCCACAUGAAGGACUCCAUCGACGUCACUGUGGACCCACAUCAGUACGCCUACAGAAGGAACCGCUCCACUGCUGAUGCCAUCACAUCGACCCUGGUGCAGAAGCUCUUCUUUCUUGGACUGAGUCCCACACUGGGGAACUGGAUUGUGGAAUUCCUGACGAACAGACCUCAGACUGUCAGGAUCCACAUCAUCAUCUCCUCCUCCAUCAUCCUCAGCAGUGGCUCGCCCCAGGGCUGUGUGCUGAGCACCCUCCUGUUCACUCUGCUGACAUAUGACUGCUUGGCUAGACACCCCAGCUGCAAUAUAGUGACAUUUGUGGACGACACAGCAGUCGUGGGACGCAUCAUGAACAGCGAUGAGUCCAAAUACAGAUAUAAUGUCACUCUGACCAUCCACAGCAUCAGCCAGGAGGACGAGGCCAUCUACCAGUGCAUUGCUGAGAACAGAGCCGGCUCCACACAGGCCAGCGCCCGCCUCACCGUGCUCUGGUCUGACGGACUGCCCGGUGUCCCCACCCACGUGCAGGCCGAGGCCCUCUCCCCCACCACCAUCCAGGUGUCCUGGAGGGAGCCCCAACAGAACACUCAGGACAUCAUCGGUUAUGUUCUCCACAUCCGCAGAACGUCAGACCCAUUGGACAUGGAGUACGAGGAGGCGGUCAGUAAGGUCACGUUGCAGCAGGUCAUCCGUGACUUGGAGCCCUCCACCAGUUACACUUUCUACGUCAAAGCCUACACUUCCCACGGAGCCAGCAAACCGUCGGACAGCAUCACUGAAAGCACUCACGGCGAGGUGCCUGCUGCUCCCUCCCUCUUCACAAAGGUGAUGAACAGCAGCGUUGUGCAGGUGAUGUGGGAAUCCUCCACUAAGAUGGGUCAACAUCAAGGCUUCAAACUUUACUACAGAAGAGCUCAGGCGCCUCUGUUCUCCGGUCCGUUCACCUUUGCUCCAAACAUCACGCAGUGGACCAUCACUCUGCUGGACUCUUCAGUGGUUUAUGAGAUCAAACUGCUUGCAUACAACCAACAUGGAGACGGAAAUGCCACGACUAGAUUCGUUUCACUUCAGGAGGCGUUGGAAAAAUCUGUGCUGGACGGCUCGUGUGAUUGUGUAAAAGAUGAGCAGAGCAAAACCUCCACUACAGGCAUCAUAAUUGGAAUUCACAUUGGAGUGACCUGCAUCAUCUUCUGUGUGCUCUUCCUUGUCUUCAGCUAUCGCGGCAGGUUAAUGAUGUGUAAGACAGUUCAGGCCACCCCCCAGGCAGCGCACAGUGCAGCGCUGGAAUCGUCUUCCUCUUCUCAGGGGUCCUCCGGGCUCAACGGGACUGCCAGGAGAGAAAUAGAGGUCAAUGGCAGCGCCGCAGGGAAGAAAGUGGUCGACAGCAAUGAGCUCGAGAGACUUUUUACUCAACGCAACACGCAAAACACAUCCACGUCUGACUCCUACAUACUGAACGACACGCAGCUGUCGACGAUACCGCUGGACGAGUUUUCAGACGAGAGGGAAACGCCGUUUCAGGAGCCUCCUUCAGCAAGAGCGGCUCAGCAAGACCAAGGCUAAUCAUGUAUGAAGGCCCAUUCAUGGGACACUUUCUAGUGUCCACUUAGACUUUGCUCUCACUCAGGUUGACAAGUGUUUCUUUUCAAAGUAGUAUUUCCUUUUGUGCAAAGAUUUUUAUGGGUAAGUUAAGAGGUUCUGGAGGAUCCAGGGAAGGUGUACGGGAGUGUUUUUGGCUGAGCUAGUUCUAGCUAGAUG